CGCUAGAUUCACUGGGUAGUCAUCGAUUGUCAGUGUAUCGUGUGAGUGAGUUUCUCGCGAGUGAAUUUGUGCGGAAAAAGUGUUGGUCGUGCUGUGGCUGGUGCUGGUUAUUCUGCUCAUAUCGUGAAGAGACACAGAGAGAGAAGAGAUGUUCCACCUAAGAAACGUUGUUCGACACGCGGCCGUGCGGACGGAGCUGGCUGCAGUGGCCAGGAGUGCCCCAGUGGCGUGCUGGCAAGUGUCACGCGGCUACGCCGAUCACCAGAUUCCCGAUAGACUGAAGGAUGUGGGCACGGCCAAGAAUCCCAAGUUCUACGACAUGGUGGAGUUCUUCUUCCAUCGCGCUUGCCAAGUGGCCGAGGAUAAGCUGGUGGAGGAGAUGAAAGGGCGCAUCAGCACCGAGGAGAAGAAGAAGAAGGUCAAGGGUAUUCUCAUGCUGAUGCAAAAUUGCGAUCAUAUCAUCGAGAUUUCCUUCCCGCUGAGGCGUGACUCUGGCGAUUACGAGAUGAUCCUCGGCUAUCGUGCCCAGCACAGCACCCACAGGACACCCACGAAAGGAGGUAUUCGUUUCUCGAUGGACGUGUCGCGUGACGAAGUGAAGGCUUUAUCGGCUCUGAUGACGUUCAAGUGCGCUUGUGUCGAUGUGCCAUUUGGUGGCGCUAAGGCGGGUAUCAAGAUCAACCCCAAGAACUACUCUGAGCACGAGUUGGAGAAGAUCACGCGUCGCUUCGCACUGGAGUUGGCCAAGAAGGGUUUCAUUGGACCCGGCGUGGAUGUUCCGGCUCCGGACAUGGGUACUGGUGAGCGCGAAAUGAGCUGGAUUGCCGACACGUACGCCAAGACGAUCGGCCAUCAGGACAUCAAUGCUCAUGCGUGUGUGACGGGAAAGCCCAUCAACCAGGGUGGCAUUCACGGCCGCGUGUCCGCCACUGGACGCGGCGUCUUCCACGGGCUGGAGAACUUCAUCAAUGAGGCGAACUACAUGAGUAUGAUUGGAACAACUCCGGGAUGGGGUGGCAAGACCUUCAUCGUGCAGGGAUUCGGUAAUGUGGGUCUGCACACAUGCCGCUACCUGGUGCGCGCUGGGGCGACGUGCGUGGGCGUGAUUGAGCACGAUGGCUCCAUUGUCAACCCUAAUGGCAUUGACCCGAAGGAGUUGGAGGACUACAGGAAUGAGAACGGCACCAUCAACGGCUUCCCGGGCGCUGAGGCGUACAAGGGUGAGAAUCUGAUGUACGAGCAGUGUGACAUCUUUAUUCCUGCCGCCGUGGAGAAGGUCAUCACGAGUGACAAUGCUCAUCUGAUUCAGGCAAAGAUCAUUGCUGAAGCUGCCAAUGGUCCCACAACUCCAGCUGCUGACAAAAUCCUCAUCGACCGAAACAUCCUUGUGAUUCCUGAUCUGUACAUCAACGCCGGUGGUGUGACUGUGUCCUUCUUCGAGUGGCUCAAGAACCUCAAUCAUGUGUCGUAUGGUCGUCUGACUUUCAAGUACGAGCGCGAAUCAAACUACCAUCUUUUGGAGUCUGUCCAGGAGUCUUUGGAGCGUCGUUUUGGACGUGUUGGCGGUCGAAUUCCCGUCACUGCAUCUGAGGCCUUCCAGAAGAGGAUCUCUGGUGCUUCUGAGAAGGACAUUGUCCACUCUGGCCUGGACUACACCAUGGAGAGGUCGGCCAGGGCCAUCAUGAAGACGGCCAUGCGCUUCAAUCUGGGCCUGGAUCUGAGAACUGCCGCCUAUGUUAACUCCAUUGAGAAGAUAUUCACCACCUACAGAGAUGCCGGUUUGGCGUUCUAAGCUGAGAGCGAAAGAGAAAGAGAAAGAGAACACGAGAUGCGUGAGAUCCUCUGAAAUGAAAUUUUUGUCAGCAAAUCAGCCAGAAUAAGAUUUUAACAAAAGAAGGAAAAAGAAUAUUCGCAAAUUUAUAUGAAAUCACACUCUUUUUAGAUGUAGAAUGCAAUUAUGGAAAAAAUAUGGGUUUUUUCUUAGAGAAAAUUCCCCAGAGUUCUUUUCUUGUAUAGUAGCAAAUUUUCAAUGGAUUUUUUCUUGAGAAGGAAAACCCCAACAAAACACUGUAGAACUUUUUGAAUACUUUGCAUUGAUACUUAAGGCAUUUGCUAUUUUCCUUGUUCUUUUUUCUAUCACAAAAAUAAAUUCUAUAAUAUUGAAAAAAAAAAAAACAAAAUGUGUAAUAUCACAUAAAAAUUGACAUUUAGGCGUUCUUUCUCACUUUUUGAAAUGCCGACCUGCUCUUGGAUGUACAAUGAUGGUCGCGCGCGCUGAGAUAGCCGAAUAAAGGAUUUAUAAAAGAUAA